CGGGACAGCGACAAGAUACAUAAACUGGAAUCGGCACCGCGCUGUAUCGGUUAGAAUAUUCAACCUGAAAAUAUAAGCAUGUCGGUCGUGUGCACCUCUUUAGCCCGAAACGCCGUGGCAUUACGGAACACUGGGGCGAUGAUGAUGGUGCGCUAUGCACAGACCGCAGCCGCCCCGGCAUCUGAGCCCAGGAUCAAGAAGUUCCAGAUCUACCGCUGGGACCCAGACACAAUGGGGGAUAAGCCACGCAUGCAGACAUAUGAAAUUGACCUCAACAACUGUGGCCCCAUGGUUUUGGAUGCCCUCAUUAAAAUCAAGAAUGAGAUGGACCCCACGCUCACAUUCAGACGCUCCUGCAGAGAGGGUAUCUGCGGCUCAUGUGCCAUGAACAUCAACGGAGGCAACACACUGGCCUGCUUAAACAAAAUAGACAUCAAUACCAGCAAACCGACCAAAAUUUACCCACUCCCACACAUGUACGUUGUCAAAGAUCUGGUGCCGGACAUGAGUAAUUUCUAUGCCCAGUACAAGUCCAUCGAGCCCUUCCUGAAGAAGAAAGAUGAGUCUCAGGAGGGCAAGGAGCAGUACCACCAGACUGUGGAAGACAGGCAAAAGCUGGAUGGUCUGUAUGAGUGCAUUCUCUGUGCCUGCUGUAGCACCAGCUGCCCUAGUUACUGGUGGAAUGGAGAUAAGUAUCUGGGCCCUGCUGUCCUCAUGCAGGCCUAUCGUUGGAUGAUUGAUUCACGUGAUGAGUUCACAGAGGAACGACUGUCGAAGCUCCAGGACCCCUUCUCUCUCUACCGCUGUCACACAAUCAUGAACUGCACUAAGACAUGCCCCAAGGGACUCAACCCAGGAAAGGCUAUUGCUGAGAUCAAGAAAAUGAUGGCAACAUAUAAAGAGAAAAUCAUUAACCCCGUGAACAUUGUGGAAAACCACCGGACUUGAAAUCCACUAGUAAUGACUCUAAUGCUGAACUUUCGAUUACACAUUAGCCGUUCAACAGUGUCUGUCCCUUUCAUUAGGCUUCGCACAUGAAAAAAGAUACAGGCAGUCUAGAAGAUACUGCCGCUUUUAUAUAUGUGAGAGUGAAUGUGUGCUGGAUGAGAGGAGAGAAAGGACAGAGGGAGAAAUGGAAUAACUGCUCCUCCUAGAAAAAUAUGUUUUUUUUCUAAAAUUACAUACAAAAGUAAUGUUUGAUGUGGUGAUGGAGCUUAUUACUCAGUGUGUGUAUAGAUUGUACAGCAGGGGUUGGCAACAGGUACUGGCCUACAAGUAUUUAAGAUUUUGGGGGGAUUUUAGUUUUUGGAGAAAAAAAUACUAAAACCACUAGGAAUUCAGCAAAAAAAUGUGUUUAAUUUAGGAAAUCUGUUCAAGUAUUGCCAUGAAUAAAAAAAAUAUGUGAUCGUAUCUCAAUGUAAUCAAGGUCUGAAAUUAUUGCUAUUUUCAAAUACAAUCUCUUUUUGGGCUUAGUUGUGGUCAAUUUGCAGUGAAUAAAUGAUUUUUAAUUCUGUUCCGGCACCCCCGACCAUCCACUCCUACAAAAAUCAGCCAGCAGCUGAAUCUAGUUGCCAACCCAUGUUGUGCAGCCUUAUAACCACAUUAUGGGAUGAUGAUGAGCUCUGGACCACAAUUUGAUGUUUGUUCAUUGGAUAUACUGUAUGUAUACAUAAUAUUUUACAUAAUAUUUUAAGGAAAAACAGUUAAAUGUUAUUUAAAUGCUUAUCAAUAAAGGAAGUAGAAUUAAAA